ACUUCUCUUCCCUCACGGCUGUAUAGCCAUUCUUCCACCUCGUGGAUUGCCACGCACGUUCGACGUUGUUCUUCCCGAGUACCGCAUGCGCCAUGUCGAAGCAGCCAUGGAUCGAGACGCCAUUGAUCUGGUCAAAAGGCCUUUCUCGGAUUUGCGGCUGUAACAUCUACCUCAAGCUGGAAAACACACAGCCUUCGGGAUCUUUCAAGAGUCGCGGCAUGGGCGCCUUCGUCAAGGCUCAUCUACCAGACGAUGGAGCAAACGGGACUGGCGACAGCCGCACCACAACGCACUUCUUCUGCAGUUCCGGAGGGAAUGCCGGCCUCGGAUGCGUUUCCGCAGCAGUCACUUUCAUUUGUCCCGCGACAAUCGUGGUCCCAGAUUCCACUUCUGCCUACAUGAUUGACAAGUUGAAGAAAGCUGGAGCCCACGAGGUCAUUCAGACAGGUGCGUCUUGGUAUGAAGCGGACCAAUAUCUCCGCAAAGAGCUCUUACCAGCAGCUCGAGCUGGGGGUCAACAUGCCGUCUACGUUCCCCCUUUCGACGAUCCCGCUAUAUGGGCUGGAAAUUCAACCAUGGUCGACGAAAUCGUCCAGCAACUUUCAACCGUGGAUGACCACUACCCUUCAGCCACGCGAGAAUCCGGAACAGAAUCUGUCACCCUCCCGGACGCCAUCAUUUGCAGCGUGGGAGGCGGUGGUCUCCUGAAUGGUAUCAUGCAGGGACUCGAACGCCACUCUGCAUGGAAAGGAGAGACUGGCCCGAUGGUUCUCGCCGUCGAGACCGUCGGAGCAGAUGCGUUGUCGCAGUCGGUCGAAAAAGGAGAGCUCGUCACCUUGCCCAAAAUAACAAGCAUUGCGACAACCUUGGGCGCUCGCAGGGUUUCGGAACAAACGUUCACUUAUGCGAUGGACAGAACACGGGUCAAGUGUGCUGUGCUCACCGACAAGGAGACGGUAGAGGCCUGCAAGCGUUUUGCUGACGACGAACGAAUGCUGGUGGAACCUGCUUGCGCAGUUUCUUUGGCGGUGCUGUACACUGGCAAGCUUCACGAAUACAUACCAGGCUUGCAGCCAGAAAGUCGUGUGGUAGUCGUUGUGUGUGGAGGCAGUGGUCUUUCUUUGCAGAUACUGAACCAGUACAUCAAAGACUUUCUGGAUUAGAUAGUCCAGUGAUUAAAGGACUGGAACAAAAUAUCCACGAAAUAUUGCCUUCAGUGCACUUCCGCAUCCUUACCACUCUUAAGGACUCAC